GGAGCGGAUGGCGGAUUGCACGCACGCCAGGCAGCCUGGGAUGCUUGCUUUUUCUUCUUCUGGCUGCAGGCAGGGCUCGGUUUCAGACAUGAGUGAAGAGAAACCUAAAAAGAAAGCUUUCUAUCUAGUGAGGAUGAAGCCACUGAAGGAGCCCACCACCACUAACAACAAUGUCUCUUUUGUGAUACACUGUCACAUAGGCAAGGAGAUCAAACACAUUUGCAGCAACUGCAGUCGCGGGGAGGAAGCCCGUGACGCUGAGGAAGUGGAAAGACUGGCUGCAAUGCGUUCAGAUUCUCUAGUACCUGGGACUCACACGCCUCCAAUCAGAAGAAGAAGCAAAUUUGCCACUCUUGGAAGGCUUUUUAAGCCAUGGAAAUGGAGGAAGAAGAAGAGUGAAAAAUUUAAGCACACUUCAGCAGCUUUGGAAAGAAAAAUAUCAAUGAGGCAAAGCAGAGAGGAGCUUAUAAAACGAGGAGUACUGAAAGAAAUUUUUGAUAAAGAUGGGGAACUUUCCAUACCAAAUGAAGAAGGAGCUUUGGAGAAUGGGCAGCCUCUGGGCUCUGGGCAAGUGCUGAGCUCCAGCCAGGUAUCCCUGCCAGCCCUAGCAGAACUGGAGUCUGUUCCAGCACCUGGGGAACCUUGCUCAUACGAGGUGCUCCCAACCACAGAGAUCAUGGACGGGACAGUGUCUGAAGAGAGCCCCACAUCCAAUGAAUCCGGCGUCCUCCUGUCCCAAGAUCCUACAGCUAAGCCAGUCCUGCUACUUCCCCCCAAAAAAUCUGCCGCUUUCCCUGGAGACCAUGAGGACACCCCAGUGAAACAGUUGUCCCUCCUCAAACAGCCCCCUGCCCUGCCUCCUAAACCUAUUGCCAGGAUUGCCAGCCACUUAACUGAUCCUGGCGCUCCUGUGAAACUGCCUUGUAUGCCCGUUAAACUGUCACCUCCACUACCUCCAAAGAAAGUCAUGAUUUGCAUGCCUUUAGGGGGGCCAGACCUCCCUCUCUCAUCCUAUUCCACGCAGAAGAGCUCCCAGCAGCCUUUGACCCAGCACCAUCAUACUGUCCUGCCCUCCCAAUUAGCAGCUCACCAGCACCAGCUCCAGUAUGGCAGCCACAGCCAGCACCUGCCUUCUGGUUCCAGCACAUUGCCCAUUCACCCUUCAGGGUGCCGGAUGAUAGAGGAACUGAACAAAACGCUAGCCAUGACCAUGCAAAGGCUAGAAAGCUCUGGUUUACACACAGGUGACAGUGUUACAAAAACAGGACCUGGGGGCCUUCCAGACAUGAGACAAGUGCCAACUGUUGUGAUCGAAUGCGAUGACAAUAAAGAAAAUGUGCCUCAUGAAACCGACUAUGAAGACUCUUCCUGCCUCUACACAAGACAGGAAGAGGAGGAAGAGGAAGAUGAAGAUGAGGAUAACUCGUUAUUUACAAGCUCCCUGGCAAUGAAAGUCUGCAGGAAGGACUCUUUAGCAAUCAAACUAAGCAACAGGCCUUCCAAGCGAGAGCUGGAGGAAAAGAACAUCCUCCCCAUGCAGACUGAUGAAGAGAGGCUCGAACUUAGGCAGCAGAUUGGGACAAAGCUAACAAGACGACUGAGCCAGAGGCCAACUGCUGAAGAGUUGGAGCAGAGGAACAUACUGAAACCCCGGAAUGAGCAAGAGGAGCAGGAGGAAAAACGAGAGAUAAAAAGAAGAUUAACACGUAAGCUGAGCCAAAGGCCUACAGUAGAAGAGCUACGUGAGAGGAAGAUCCUCAUCCGCUUCAGUGACUACGUGGAAGUGGCAGACGCGCAGGACUACGACAGGAGGGCGGACAAACCCUGGACACGACUCACAGCCGCCGACAAAGCAGCCAUUCGAAAAGAGCUUAAUGAAUUUAAAAGCACUGAAAUGGAAGUUCAUGAAUUAAGUAGGCAUCUAACAAGGUUUCAUAGACCGUAGCAGUUCAAUUCUACCUGACUACUAUGCCAUCUUCAAAACAUAACUAAAAGGAACCAUAAGUGCUGGUAUUAUUCACUUCCCUGUUACGUACAAUGUAAAUCUUCUGAACUGCCUUUUUAAAAAACAAACAAACAAAAAAAGAGUAGAAAAAUAAAUAUUAAAAAAAAAGAUAAAAUUGUAUUUACAUGUGAUGGAUACUGCAGCAUCAUCAGACCUGCUGGUUCAAGCUUCAGUAACAGAAAAUACCCCUGGUGGGAAUCGUGCCAAGACUUGGCAUCUAUGUAUAAGACUUUCCCGGCAUGUGGAUUUGCCAUACAUGUUCAAGCCCAGCUGGUGGUGCAUCCAUUUCGUCUUCAGGCACCCCUCAUCCUGACAAGCCUCUGUCAUCAACUCUAGAGAGCCCUGGGAUGGUGUUCAGGGAACCACUGGCCUGGGUGAAGUCUUCAAAAGACAAGCACCUGUGGCACUAAAGCACUUAUACCAAACACUCCUUUCAGGCUGCGAGCACCUUAUGAGGACGGUGAAGGAGCAGAACUACUCUACAGGCCAGCCCAUCUGUGACUGUCAUCUGAGGAGGAAGGCAUUUCUUUCCCUGGAGAAGUUUCUAGCCAGUCAAUAGGCACUGUUCAGCUCCCAAGCAGAAAAAGGCAUCACCUGUGAAGAACAGGACUCCCUACCAAAGGCUGGUUCAGUUCUAGCAACUGUUUCUGUUUCAUCUCUUUCCAGUAUGAUUUUCCAAACCCAGCUGUGAACCCACCAGUAGUAAACAACCAGAAUGCUGAGGACAAGCAAGCAAAACCCAUCUCUUCAUGGUCACUGCAUGGCAUUUGCUCAGCUUGUAGUUUGUUUUUACACCCGAGCCUCGUGACUGUGCGAGCCAACAUGCAUCCAGCAGGAAGAAAGGCUGGAAUUCCGACUGGCUCUGCAGCGGGACACGCGACAGGAGGAACUGGGGGUUCGCUGGACAUCUCUUCUCUCUGUAUCGGGUGUUUCAAGAACUGAUCCUAAAUCAUACUGAGGAAAGCAUGACAGGUUGUGAUACCCAGCCUAACAAAAGGAGUCUGCAGCAUCGGUGUGGGUGGGGGGACUGUCCCCGGUACCCACAGCUGAGGCGUAAGGACAGCGAUUCAGAGGUGUUCUGGUUUGGUUUUGAUUUAUUUUUAUUAUGGUGAUUUAACAAGCAAACUGACCAAGCAGAGCUCGGAGAGCUGGUCGCCCUGGGCCUGGUUUACCUGCCAACGUAAGCGCAUACUUAACGCUGAGUAAGCACGCCCACAGCCUCACUGCAGGCAGGACCAUGGCCGACGGGCUUCGUGACAGCUGAACACGUUGAAGUGCUUUUCUGAACUUAGGCCAGCACCUUCCAUACUUAAGUCCUUAACUAGUGUCACGCCAGCAAGCUGGGGCAAACGUCUAGGAUUCCCUUCCAGCUCUGGCAAGAAACGGUAACGCCCUGUUUUGGGCCAGCAGCCCAGAGCACUGUAGCAACAUUACUGUAAGAAGUUCCAGAUUAUUACUUCAGGAACCUUUUAUUCUUCCCAUAAUAACUAACUAUUUUACUUUGACAGUUUGACCAGAGAGGCCAAAGUUUUUUAUGACGGUAUUGUUAUUUCUGUUACGACUUUAUUAUUUUUUCCUUUCUUGUUGUCUUCCAUUUAUUUAUCCCCCUCUACACCCCCCCCCCCGCUAACAUUGCCCCUCACCGAUGGCGGGCUGACAAGCCUCUCGUGUGAGCAUUUAAUGGCCAAUGCUGCACAGUGCCAACACUCCUGCCUCUUCUCAGGCCUCUGUCUCAUUCCUCCGGUCACAGGAGUAAAGCAAAAGGACCUGCACAUAGCCCAUGGAGCUGCUCUAGCAUCCAGGCUGCCCAAAUAACACUGGCAGGUAGGCUAAUGGGCUCCAUUUGCACUUGGUGGUGGUACUCAAUACCUCACAGAUUUGCUCUCCAUCAGAGACAAACAAAAGCAUUUUACUCCCACCUGUGGCUGUCCUUGCAAUGCUAUGGAUUAUUAGCUAUUAAAUAAGAAUUGGCUGUUGUAGGAUGGAAGACGCUACAAAGGAAAGUAAAGACCAACUAGUUUCUGGUGCCUCCUUUUCUCGGCAUCAUGCCUCUGAUGUGAUACACUUCCCAGAUUGGGGAGUGAUUUCCAAAGAAAUACACAGUAAUCCCUGUAUCACCAGCUCGCAGUUGCUUUAGACACAAGUUAAUCAGUAGGGAAGCCUUUAAUGUGCAAUGUUAUCAGCUCAGUGCAGCAAAGACAGAGCAUGACAUACUAGCCAGGAAUACAGUGCUUUUGGGGUUAUUUUCAUGAAAACCUGGAGUUUGUGGUUUUAAAUCCCUCCACAUACACAUGCAUGUGUAACAAGACCACACCACAGCUUUAAAAAGGGAAAACAGAACUCUAUGCUUUUGACUACGCAGACAUGGCAUUCGGAAAGGG